AAAGUGGACAAGAAGUAUUCUAAUUUCGAUAUAGCAAUUUGCGCUGCAGCUGCUGUGUCGAAGAAUGAGGGCCAGGAAUAUAUCUUCUCAUUGAAGGUUAUUUUCAUAGUUACCUAUUGACUUUCAUUUGUCUACACUCCACUAUUUAGACUGGUAAAAGUAUCGUUUAUCAAUCAACACUGAUUCAACAGAUUUUAUUAGUUAGUUGUAUAAUAUGAGUGAAGAACAUCACAAUCACCAUGCGAUGGCAAAUCAUGAUCAUAAUGAACAAACUACCGAAAGUGGUGAUUCCUGCUGUUCUGGUACUGAUGUACCAAUAAGCAGUGGGCAACAUAUGAUGCAUCAUAUGAUGUCUAUGUCAUUCCAUUUUGGUACUAGUGAAACUGUACUGUUUGAUUGGUGGACAUUUUCUACAACUAGUGGUUUAGUAUAUUCAAUGAUUGGAAUUUUUUUAAUGGCAACACUAUAUGAAGGUUUAAAAUAUUUCAGAGAAUAUUUAUUUUGGAAAUCUUAUAAUGCUAUACAGUAUAGAUCAGUACAAAUUCCAUUAGAAAAAGGACCUAAUGACCCGGUUUCACAAAUGGUUGGAAAGGUGCUUUUUAAACAACCCCUGCCCACUAUGUUCAGUGUAACACAUUUACUUCAAACAUUCCUGCACAUACUUCAAAUAUCUAUCAGUUAUUUAUUGAUGUUAAUUUUUAUGACAUACAAUGUUUGGUUAUGCUUAGCUGUUCUAUUUGGUGCUACUUUGGGUUACUUCUUAUUUGGAUGGAAAAAAUCAGUUGUUGUCGAUGUCACAGAACAUUGCCACUAAAAUAAUCGUUUCAUAAUUAACUAUGUUCUUAUUUACUAUAAAAUGUAUACAAUAUUAUAAUCCACAAAUAUAUUUUAUAUGGCAUACUAGCUUAGAAAUGCUUUCAUCGAUCAUUGUAUUCACUGGUUUAACUAAGCAAUAUACUAGGUAGAUACCCUGAUUUUCAGGUCAAUUUUAUAAAUUAUACUUUGUCAUUUGAUGAUUUUCUGGAUGAUAUAUGGCCUUAUAACAAUAUAUUAUCGAAAAUUCCAAGAUGCCUUAUUUGAAUUUAUUAAAAACAAAUGUAUACUUUUAUCAUGUACUAUUAAAUCAAUUUUUGUAUUUUAUGAUUUGAUUAAAUCUUUAUGU